AAAAGAGAAAAAUAAACUCAAAUAAAUCUGAGCAUAAAGAAUGCCAGAGCGCGUGCACAUGUGCGCAGCAGGAUGAGAUGUUAAUGUGGUGAGGCGGGCAGAGCGGAGCUGAUUGGAGCCCUAAUCCUUUUCCCCCCCGGGGCCGUUUUCAGAGCCCCGAGCCAGAAUUCCUGUUCAGCUCUCCUCCACUGUUAUUCGGGAAGGAUCUCUGGCUUCAGUGCACUCUCUUCCUGUGUCACACUCCAACAACAACAAAAAAAAACGGAACCGUGAAGCAAAAAAGAGAGAGAGAAAGAGAAAGAGAGAGAGGGGGAAAGAACCGAGGGCCAAGACACGAUCGAUCUGAUGUUUUAAAGAGAGCGACGCCGACUGAGCCAUGACUUCCAAGGAGGGAAGAAGCAUGUCUCGCCUGUCUCUGACCCGCUCUCCAGUGUCUCCUCUGGCUGCACAGGGCAUCCCUCUUCCUGCUCAGCUGACUAAAGCCAACGCCCCCGUCCACAUCGAUGUAGGAGGACACAUGUACACCAGCAGCUUGGCUACACUCACAAAGUAUCCAGACUCAAGAAUCAGUCGGCUGUUUAACGGCACGGAGCCCAUCGUGUUGGACAGUCUGAAACAGCACUACUUUAUUGACCGGGAUGGAGAGAUUUUCCGUUACAUUCUCAGCUACCUUCGCACCAGCAAACUGCUCCUUCCUGAAGACUUCAAGGAGUUCCAGCUGCUGUACGAGGAGGCGCGUUAUUACCAGCUGAGCCCCAUGGUGAAGGAGCUGGAGCGCUGGAAGCAGGAGCGAGAGCAGCGGCGUAAGGGUCAGCCCUGCGAAUGCUUGGUGGUGCGCGUGACCCCUGACCUCGGCGAGAGGAUCGCUCUGAGUGGAGACAAAGCUCUCAUCGAGGAGAUCUUCCCCGAGACGGGCGACGUCAUGUGCAACUCCGUCAACGCUGGCUGGAACCAGGACCCCACUCACGUUAUUCGCUUUCCCCUGAACGGAUACUGCAGACUCAAUUCUGUACAGGUGCUGGAGAGAUUGUUCCAGAAAGGCUUCACCAUGGUGGCGUCGUGUGGCGGAGGAGUGGACUCGUCCCAAUUCAGCGAGUACAUCCUGAGUCGGGAGGACAGACGCUGUCAGACCAUCCACACGCCCAUCCGGAUAAAACAAGAGCCGCUGGACUAGAACAAACUCCUCCGUCAGACCUGCAGAAGAUCAGCUGUGGACUAUGAGAUGGAGCUGGGUGUGUUGUUCUUCUCCGCUGGCUCAGUGGACUAUUUAGGAGCCCAUCGUGAUGGAACUCGAUAUAAACAAACAAGAGACAUCUGACUGAACACUAAGAACUCAAACCUCAGUAGAGGGACGUGUUUAAAAGGUCAAGGUUGCGUUCUGUAUAAUUUGGUCUUCCGUUCCCAUUAAGACUGUUGGUAUAGUAUUCAGUCAUGACCUUGUGUUCAAAACAGAAUUCUUUUUACACGUUCCAGUUCCCCCCCCCCCACCAUCUCCAGUGUGGACCAUCUCAUGCUCCAAUCUUCUGUAAAUCAGAUCCUUGCAUGUUUUGCUGAGAGCAGAGGUGUUUUUUAUGUUGAUUAUGGAGUGGAAAAGGGCUGGCUGGCUGGCAUCACGGGCAAAGCCAUAUACCCAUUUCUUCUUCCCUGAGAAUCCUCCGAUGCUGCAAUAGCGACGCCCCCCACAGCGACACCUUCUAAUCUCCUGCUGCUUAGCGAUCUUGACCAUGACAGGAAUGAUGGUUGAAUGCUUCAACGGAAGUGUGUGUCAGCAAACUUCACUUGAUUUGGUCCAAUCAAAUUUAACGGACUUUCAUAUUUGUAACAUGCUUCAUAGUACAUCAUAUUUAAUGGUUUAAUAUUAAAAACAUCGAUGAUUAGGGUGCUCAAGCUCUCGAAUAUUAAGAGAUCAUCAAACCUCGUGGUCUAAGAGUUUUAAUGAAGCUUGGUUUCCGUGUCGGAGGGACGGAGUUACUCUCAGCCCCGUCAAUCAGAGCCAUACUAACCACUUUGUAUGCAGAAGAGGGCAGUUAGUGAUCUCCUCCGAGUGUGUUCAGCCACUCGGCCAUCACGAAAAGACGCGCUGGCUUCAUGGAUGCCGGACGAAGCACAUAUCUACGAGGGUGUAGGAAUUGACACUGGUUUCAAAUUAGGUUUUAAUGAAACGUAGAGAAAUCUGCAUAAAAAGCCGAAACUUUUCCAUGUAUGCGAGUAUUUUGUAGUAGCAAAACUCUUCGAACACAGGAUUAUUAAUGAUUAAGUCAGAUGUGUCGAAUUUAGCUUCUUUCUACGCCCCAGAACACAAUGAGAAUGACAGGAGUUCGAUUCGAUCAGGUGGCUCCGAAUCAUUCAGCUUUAAUUCCCUCUCUCAGCUUCGUGUAAUGAAACGUACAUGAACCACAUGCUCAUGCUGCAUGGCAAGACAACAGCCGAAGAUCCUCUGGAGACGCACUUGCCUCCACAUCCUCCUGAUGAAGGCAGCUUUAGGUGGAUUACUCCGUUCACUAAACAAAUGCGUGUCUGUGAUGCCGUGUUUACCGAGAGACUGUCAGGAUUUCUAGUUCUACCGCAGCAGCAGCAGCAGGGAUUAGUGUGCAGCUCAAGGCUUCUUCAGGGCUCCGGGAGAAAAACCACGGGUCAGAGAGAAGCCAACCUCCUCCUCCGAACACCCCCCCAGGAGCCGAGGUCACUUUCCCACAAUCCAUUUAGUCAGCCAAACCUCCCCAGGCUAAAAAAGGCCCAGUCACGAUGUGGGGGUGAAUAAACACGAAAGGUUACUUAUGUGGCAGGAAAACACCGGAUGAUGCUUAAUGUGUUGUUAAAGUACACAUUUAAUAGGCAGAGUGUUUUUCAGGACGUUCUCCACACAAGCGGAUGGCAGGGGCGAAGGUCACCGAAAUGCCAACACACACUACAUGAUCACACGCUGAGUGUUAGAGCAGAAAGACAGAAUGAACUGCCGAGACCGGGGAGCUCGUUAUGCUUUGUUAUUCUUCAAAAUUGUUCCAUCUCUGCGAUCGUGUGGGAUGUUUUGGCGGCUUGAUGAAGCCCUUUAGCAAACACACGAAAUAAAUCUUUACUCCAGACGUACAGUUCUCAACCACAGCCUCAGAAGCGGAUCUCGGAGCUCACCCUCGGACUUCCAAUCGCGCGGAAACAAAAUUCUAUUUAAACGCUGUUCUAAUCGAUGUUGUGUCAAAAUGUAUAAUUACAGUAAGGUGCAAAUUUAUGUACAUUAUUUAAAUAAAAUCAGCUUUUUGUUAAUGGUUAAA